GGACGGCGCGGGCGGCGGAGAGUAGCCCCGGGACAGACCUGCCGGACCUACAGCCCCAAGACGCGGCAAGGGGAAGCAACCAGCUCGGAGUGCGCUGAUCUGGGGCUCGCGACCGAGGUGCUCGUGCUCGGCCGCUCAGCUCGUUCCCAGUAGGUCCCAGCUCAAAGGAAAAUCCUGUUUGAGUUCCUGAGUUCAUUCUACGCGGGCAAGAUAAAGAGCAGAAGCUGAGCGAUUGUCUGAACGAUUUUAGGAAAGAAUUAAGAUUCAGUGGGUUUAGUUCAGUGGGAUUUGCUACCCUGUUUGCUCAGGCCUAAAUUUCGAGUGAUCGUGGGCCCUGGCUCUGCGCAAGCCGGCCAGCCUUCCAGUUAGCCUGUAUUUGCUUUAAUGUCCGAGAGAAGGGGAACAAGUUUUGCAGAUGCACCCGAUUUGACCAGCAGACAAAGGCUGGUGCAGGGCUGUGUCUAAUGUACACACCAGCUCCAUGUCCGCGCAGCCAAGGGGAGCUCAGGGCCUGUUUGCAAAGCUUUCUCUCGGUUUCUGUUUCCCUGCCAUGCCAUCCUCCUUGGGGAACCUGGGGCCUGUCCUGUCUCCUGUUCCUUGCGUGGAUUUCUUCCAGGCUGUCUUUGCUGUCCUUAUGUGCACGGGCCCUCCUGAAGACAGUGGCCAAGCUUCGGGUCCAGGCCUGCCCAGCAAGGGUCCUGUGGAUGGCCAGCUUUUACCUUAAGAUCGUUUUUUCCGCAGUGCCCUUCAGCCUGCAGACGCUCUGGUGGGGAUUGCAGGAGCCCUGUACUGGGAGACUGGCUUCCGGCAUGUUUUCUGCCCACUGCCCGCAGGGAACUGCUUGUGAAGGGAGAGAGUGGGAAGGGCAAAGAGGGAGCCAAGCCUUGUGCUGUCCUCCAGGGCCCAGGGGCUAGCGCUGCGGUGCCAUCAGCCGAGGGCAGCUUCAGCAGACAGCCCAUCCAGGAGCUGCAGAAUAUCCUUUGAAGAGCCCUGGUUGCUGAUUAAGUUGGGGUCCAGAGCAGAGGGUGGGGAACCGUUAAGGCAUAAUCCAAGUCUGCCCUGGGCAGCAGCGCGUUGGAGUUAGGCUCCUUGGGGGAAGCGGGUGCUUCCAAUAUAGAGGCUCCAAAAUUCAGGCCGGAACCUGGGAGUCGGGGACUGUGGGCUUCUGAGGUGUCAGCCUUGCUGGAGGGAUUGGGAAAUAGUGCAGGCCCAACUGAAAGGGCAAUGGGAACUCCUCUGAAUUACUCGGACUACCUGGUUUCACUUUGUUGGAGCCGGGAGCCUGUCAGAUCAAACUAGGGAGGCUCUGCCGAGUGCUGAGAAACUGGGGGACCCGCAUCUUAGGGAUCCUGCUGCCAGCCAAGGCUAGUUCUGAGAUGACGUGGAAUCCGCAGGGUAAGGCAGGUCCACAAAAACACUGGUGGCCGAUUAGGAGUCCAAAGCACAGUUUUAGUGCUUCGGGAAAGGACCGAGGGCCUGUCCUACCGCACCAUUCAGUCGCAGCCAGGCACGGGGCCUAUUCAGGUUAGAGCAGUGGGUGGAACGCAGCAGCCAGAAGGGAGACCCUGUGAGAGGCUGCUAGUCCUGGGUAAGUCAUAGUAGGGCAUCCUGCCCUCCUCCCCUGAGGUGACUGGAGGCUCUGCCACCCCCAGGCGGAUGUUCCCCACGUUCCAAGUGAAGCUCUUCGGCAUGGACCCCAUGGCCGACUAUAUGCUGCUUAUGGACUUCGUGCCGGUGGAUGACAAACGGUACCGGUACGCCUUCCACAGCUCCUCCUGGCUGGUGGCCGGCAAGGCAGACCCUGCCACUCCGGGCCGCGUGCACUACCACCCAGACUCGCCGGCCAAGGGUGCACAGUGGAUGAAGCAAAUAGUGUCCUUUGACAAGCUCAAGCUGACCAACAACUUGCUGGAUGACAACGGCCACAUUAUUCUCAACUCCAUGCACAGAUACCAGCCCCGCUUCCACGUGGUCUAUGUGGAUCCACGCAAAGACAGCGAGAAGUACGCAGAAGAGAACUUCAAAACCUUCGUGUUUGAGGAGACGCGCUUCACCGCGGUUACUGCCUACCAGAACCACCGGAUCACGCAGCUGAAGAUUGCCAGCAACCCUUUCGCCAAAGGCUUCCGGGACUGCGACCCUGAGGACUGGUGA